AUGGAAUACUCACGAUACCUCACCAUGGACGAGCUCAACAAGACUGCUCUCGAGCAGUUCGUCUACCAGCCCGUCGGUCGCGACAUGAUCUCAUACCUCGCCGAAGCCGCCAACCACGUCAUCUCAUGCGACUCCUCUCUCAUGCCUCCCGCUCCCGUCGAUGCCCGGAACAUGCCUCCCUCACCCCCGCGCAGCCCCGAGCCCCGCGCCGUCCGCUCCGAAGACGGCUCGCUUCCUACCCUCGAGGAGUUCAUCACCCAGCUCGUCGUCUCCUCCAACGUCCAGGUCCCCACCUUGAUGUCGACCCUCGUCUACCUCACCCGCCUCAAGUCAAAACUCCAGCCCAUGGCUCGCGGCCUCCGAUGCACCACCCACCGCAUCUUCCUCGCUGCUCUGAUCCUCGCCGCCAAGUAUCUCAACGACAGCUCCCCCAAGAACAAGCACUGGGCCAACUACUCCAACAUCAACACCGAGAUGUACAGCUUUGGCUUCAGCCGCACCGAGGUCAACCUGAUGGAGAAGCAGCUCCUCUUCCUCCUCGAGUGGGACCUUCGCAUUACCGAGGAGGACCUCUACCGCGAGCUCGAUGACUUCCUUGAGCCCCUCCGCCACAAGGUUGCCGAGCGACACGCCAAGAAGACGCGCCACCGCGAGGAGAAGCGCCGCCAGCAGGAGCUCUACGCUGCUGCCACCCGCUACCCCAGCCCUCCCGCUUCUCGAGGCCAGUCCCGCUCCCGCCAGGCGACUCCCGAGCGCACUCAGGUCUACACCCACUCUCACACCCGAACCCUCAGUGGUCCCGUCACUCCUCCCGGCCUCACAUACAGCAGCUCCGCCAGCUCAUAUGCCUCCUCCAUCGCCUCUAGCAGACUCCACUCGCGAGCAACGACCCCGCUCGAGUCAGAGACCGACGCUUCAUACCUCUACGAGACCCAGCAGGGCAGCCUCUACGACUCACCCGUCCAGAUCGUCGCCGAUGUCGACUACCCCAAGGCUCGCGGUCCCGGUGGUCGCAUGCUCCCAUACGAGAUCUCCGCCGACGAGUACCAGCAGUACCAGAUGCACGAGAGCCAGAGCAAGAAGCAGCGCCCUUCAAAGCGCGGCAUGUGGGGUCGCCUCCUCGGUGGCUCCGUCGCUGUGCGAUAA